GUGCCGUGGCCAGCACGGUGGUGAAGCAGAAGCUGGCCGAGGUCAUCCUCAAGAAGCAACAGGCGGCCCUGGAGAGGAGCAGCAACCCCAACCCCACAGCCCUGCCCUACAGGUCUCUGGAGCCUCUGGACCCCGAGGGCGCUGCCCCCGCCGUGCUCAGCACCUUCCUGCCCCCCGUGCCCAGCGCCCCGCUGGACCCCCCGGAGCACUUCCCUCUGAGGAAAACGGCGUCGGAGCCCAACCUGAAGGUUCGCUGCAAGCCCAGGAAGUGCCUGGAGCGGCGCAAGAACCCCCUGACCCGCAAGGAGAGCGCUCCCCCCUCGCUCAAGAGGCGCCCGCCCGAGCCCAUCGAUUCGUCCCCCAGCAGCAGUAGCACCCCCGUGUCUGGGUGCAGCUCCCCCAACGACAGCCUGCCCUCGGAGCACGGAGCCCUUCCCAGCACCCCCGGGAUGGCCCACGAG